GUCAUUAGGUUUCUACCUUAUUAUUUUUCACUUCAUAAAAAAUGUUGAAUCAGAACAUAAAGUGCAUGAUUUAUAAAAGCGUUUACAAUUGAAUUCAAACUAUUAUAUAAAAUUAUAUUUUAUCGCGUUGGCUGCAUUGGAUCAGUGAGACUUCUGCUGUUAAACAUUUAAAUGGCUGUUCGAAGAAAAAAUUGCAGUGAUGAAUUACAAGAAAAUAACCUAGGAAUUACUAAAUCGAACUGGAAAGCAGAUAUUGCGGAAUUUAAAUUUUCUGAUGAUGGCACGAAUUCGUUCUUUUGGCGUGCACAUACACUUACCGUGCUGUUCAUUUUUAUUGGUGGACUGAUCUACGUUGCAUUUUUUGAACCGGUGCGAAAUGACACAAUGUACAACAUAAAACGGGGCAUCGUGGCAUGCGUGGUGGUGUUCAUCCUCCUGGGGGUCACGGUCACGCCCGACGGCGUCUUCAAGAGGCCCCACCCCGUCGUCUGGCGCUUCACCUUCUGCUGCAGCAUCGUGUACGAGCUGGGGCUCAUCUUCAUGCUCUUCCAGACCAAAAGGGAUGCUAUUCGGUUUCUCAAGUACGUGGACCCGAAGCUGGGCGAACCUCUGGAGGAGAAGAGCUACGGCGGGAACUGCCGCAUUUACGACCACGAAUCCCCCGAUGAUCCAUUCCAUAACGUGUGGGACAAACUGGACUUGUUUGUGCCGACUCAUUUCAUUGGCUGGUGGCUGAAGACCAUAGUUCUGCGCGAUUGGUGGCUGUGCACGGUGCUGUCCGUCAUGUUCGAGGUGUUGGAGUACACUCUGGAGCACCAGCUGCCCAACUUCAGCGAGUGUUGGUGGGACCAUUGGAUAAUGGAUGCCUUAGUUUGCAACGGCCUCGGAAUUUAUGUUGGCAUGAAGACGCUGCAUUAUUUUUCGAUGAAGACAUAUCAUUGGAGAGGGCUUUGGAGUAUACCUACUUACAAAGGAAAAUUGCGAAGGUUAAUGGCACAGUUUGGUCCCUACACAUGGAUUGAUUUUGACUGGAAGUCGACAUCGAGUCUCGGCCGGUGGCUAGCCACGCUCGGCAUAAGUUUUGUGUUCCUGCUGGCGGAGCUGAACACGUUCUACCUGAAGUUCGUGAUGUGGGUGCCCCCGGAGCACUGCCUCAACCUGGUGAGGCUGUUCCUGCUGCUGUCGUGGGGCGCCGUGUCCAUGCGCGAGGUCUACCAGUACCUGGAUGACCCAGACUGUACGAAGAUAGGAAGACAGUCCUGGAUAACACUGGCAAUUGUUUCUACAGAGUUCCUAAUUGUCGCAAAAUUUGGGUGGGAGACGAUCACAAAGCCAAUACCAAGCCAUAUAUUAUUGUUCUGGCUCGUUGGACUGGCAUCUGUCGUCCUGUGGACGGUUUGGAGGUUCUUCUUCCGCCAGAGCCAGCAGCGGAGAGGGGCCCACGACGUCGACCAGCGCCGGCAGAGGUGGGCGCUCGUCCGAUCGUGCGAGCUGGGGAGCAUCGACCUCCCGUCCCCGCACGACUCCUAGGCACCGCGGCACGAUCGUCCAUAAUCUCCGAGUCCAAAGACUGACGUGUGUUCGUCCUGCUUCUGUCCGGCUUGUUCUGUUGUUGUUUAGUGGCCCGUCUACAUCUGGCGCUAGAGGCGUGUGAAGUGUGAGCUAUCCGUUAUUUUUUUUUUUCUUUUCUGAUAGUUAAUAAAUUGCUGCCGGGACUGGCAGAGAGAAGCAUUUUUUCGAGCAUUCGGAGUGCGGUUGCUGGAAACGUCAGAUUACAGUUAAAUCUUUUUUAUGUGGGGGAUCCAUGAUAGAUCCUCUCUUCCUCCUCUGUUUUUAUAUCGGUGGCUGUGUCUGUCUUUACAGAGAGGUUUGGAGUGACCACCAAAAUAAUAACGAUGGCGCACGGCCGUUCAAGCAAAUCACUACUAGCAUAUCAUUUUGUCAUGGCUGUAACUUUUGAUGCAAACACUUAACCACAUAAUCAAAAAUAUCUAUGUAAAAUUUUUGUGUGCUUGAUUGCUUGUUGUGGAAUUUAAUUAUUCUGAGUUGUUGACGUGAAUAAUGUAGGGACUUUUUAUUAUCAAAUUUAGCUCAUACUCUGGUGAAUACUUUAUUUUUAUAGUUAGGGGUUUGAAAAGUUAGCAUCUUAUUAAUUUACUCUUUAAAUUAUUUUUUUGAAUAAUUAGUUUAAGAUGUCAUUCAUUUGUAAUUUUUCCUAUAUAAAAAAAACACACAACUGCUGUAUAUUUUCUUUGACAGUUUUCAAAAUUGUUAUAAAAAAAAUGUAAUUUUUCACUAUUAGAAAGAAACAACUCUACUUACCAGAAAUUAAUUUAAUAUACAAAUACAACGUAUCCACCAUGUUUGCCUCAGAUUUUCUCAUCUCGCGGACAAAAGAUUUAUGGUUCACUGAUAAGAUGUGAACAAAACGGGCUGCACUCUCUUGCACUUUGCCUUAUCGGGAGUGCGAAGUAAAACACAAUCAUUUAGAACAUACAUGUUAAGUUAAAAGAUGCUGAUUUUGUAAAAAAAAAAAUAUAUGUUGCUUUUUUCCAGCCCCUGGUUAUAGUAAAGAGAGAGUGUGUAUGUGAGUUGUGUGUGUGUGUUUAUGUGCACGUGAGUGUUUGUGCAUGACUGUGUGUGCGUGCACACAUCUGUUUGUGCACGCACGUGCGCUAGCGUGUAUGUAUAGUAAAGUUAUAGUAAAGCAAAUAAUAUGGACUCUGUACACUGCCUGUUUAAAAACACUCAAAGAAGUUUUAACUCCCAUCGGUGGUUAUAAACACAUAAAAACAUAUAUUUCUGUGAAUGUCCAGUUACCCCAGCCAUUUAUUUAUUUGUAAUGCAGGCUAAAACAUCUUAAUCAUUUUAUUAUAUGUAUCAAAAUCUAUGUAGAACAAGCAGAGGACUCUGAGUAAUUCUUUAUAUUUGCAUUUAGGGUUAUCUAAGCUGCAAGUCCAUUACAAAUUACAGUUAAGUAAUGGGACUAUAAUUAAAGAUAAAUAUUGUAGCAAAUAUGAGUGGAGCAAUAAAAUUAUUAAAUUAUACUUUAUUUUAUUUUUUAAAAUUUUCAUUUUUUGGGUUUUUCUAAAGGCUCCAGAGAGUUAGUGAAUUUUAUUUAGUUCCACUGUGAAGCAAUUUGUAGGCCCUGAAUAAAUAAAUAGUAUUUUAAAAUUUCUAAUAUUUUCAUUGCUCUUCCUUUUUUUUUUUCAAUAACAAACUGAACAUAUUCAUUCAGUAAUUUUGUCAUUUGUGCUAAUGUUGACAUCCAUCGUAUAAGUUAAGUGUGAAAUUUAGAGGCUGGUGGCUAGGGAAAUAUUUUGAAAGUAUACACCUAAAUUGCCAAACAAAAUCAUAAUGAAGUAAUGAUACUAACUUCAAUUAUAAUCAAAAAUACCUAGCAUAAAAUUGGCCUUUAAGUGUUUAGUUUAUUUUAGUUCCUUAUUGUUCUCAUACAGUUGAAUUUUUAGGUGUGUGUAGUCGUUAAUGUGCAGGCACCGAGUAUGAUAAAUAACGAAAAAAGGAAAAUUAAAACACAGGAUACUUGUAAAUGAUUGAUCUCAUUUCAAUAGGCUAAAACAUUUACAUUAAUGAAGUUAAAAAUCUUUGUGUGAAUUUGAUUAUACCUAUGAGAAUACCAAGUUUUUAUUUAUGUAUCGCACAUUUACUGUGUGCCCUCUGACAGACAUGCUGCUAGACUGUACUCACUCGUCCCAUUUCAGGUUUAUUGCAGCUGCUGCUGUUGCAAUUGGCAGUGCAGUUUGCCGACUGUUGUUGAAUUUAGUCUCUGACAAACCCCAACAAGAAAAAAAGUUACAUCAUCAGUAGGAACAAGAUUAUAUGGUGAAAUGCUAUAGGAUAGAAUCAAAAUAACAACGAAAAGAAUUUUGAUACACCACGUAUCACCAAAAUGCAAGAUGAUACACCAUAAAUCAUCGAAGUGAAACUGAAUUCAUGAAUCAGCAUUUUUCAUUAAAACCGUAACUCAUUCACAAAAUUCUAAGAAUUUUGACCUUGCAUCUGUUAUUAGUAACUCAUUUUUACAUUACGACCUUUGUACAUUUUCCAAAUACUUUCUGAUUUAUGUUUAUUGUCCCACGUAGUUAGACAAGUGUAUUACAAAUCAUUAUAUUGUAAUUAUUGCAAAAGUGCAUCAUACAUCAAUCAAGAAGUCAUGGUUUUGUUGAAAUAAGUACAAUAAAACUUGUCAGAUUUGUUUGAUAUUUUGCUAUCUUUAUAUUGUUACGAUUUACCGCGGGUUCAUAUAGGAUAGCCCAAUUAAAGAUUUUAUUACACUACACAGUUUUAUUUAUUGCCACUACUUAUGUCACUUACAAAAAUCUUCUAAAACGGCAAAUAAUUAAUUACACUUAAAGAAAGGUCUGUUCCCCAGUCACUCGUCCCACACGCCUCGCUGGGCCGCACCUCAGGCGCAACUCUCGCCGCAGCACCCCUCGUGGGUCUCCGCCGCGGGACUCCGUCGCUGCACUCCGCCGCCGCGCUUUCCCUUCGCCAAGGAUCCGCUCGACUCCUCGCUCGCAACUUCGCUCGGGACUCUAUCGCCCGGAAAUUCCGCCGCGGAAAAACUACUCCCGACUGAACACUCCGAACUGACUCCCUGCCCUGACGUCCUCGGGCAUAUAUAUAGGCCCCGGCGUAAUUCCAGAACUCACGAGAGCGGCCGGGGCUAGUCGCGUCAUUGCGAGCCGUCCCGACGGCAGAAAUCUCUCGAAAACACGUGUCGGCGGCUCGCGUAAACUCCGCAGCUAUCAGGUUUCGGAUGUCAAACUAACAGGGCCGUGCGGGGGGAGAUAAAGCGGCGACCCAGGUGCGCACUGCACAUCUCAUGUUACGGCGGCACGUGAUGUCAGCCCAGCUAGCUCUGCACCUGCGCGUGAUGUGGCCUUGCUCACGUUCGUUAUAUUAUAUAAACAAAAUUUAUAAAAAAAUAUAAACAAUUACAACAAAAUCUCUCUUUUUUUUUUCAACAAUAAAAUUGACCUAAAAAUGAAACCAUAAAAUCUUGUCCCGGAUAAUAAUCAGGUGAGCUUAGCUGCCAUUGGUGCGAUGCACGACUGCAAGUGUCCACGACGGCCGAUCCAUCGUUCAGGAUGCUCAUUGCUGUGGCGUCUCGCCCAGGCACAAACAACCAGUCUCUCCAAACUGCUGGUGCUGCCGUCGAACUGGCUCGCUCGUGUAGAAUUGCUCUUUGUUGCUGUGUUACUGCCGUCUUGACGUACUGAACGCCUGCAGCAGUAGUUCCAGCACUGGGGCGACGCAUGUUCCUAUUGACAAGCUGGUGUUUUGAUGUGUGGUUUCACGUGCGAGACGUGGAUGCAUCCUCGUUUGUAUGAAAGUUAUAGCCUUGUGAAAUCAAAUUAAUCAUUUAGAUACACGUUAGUGUACUGACAGAAAUUUUCAAGUAUGAAGCAAAAAUGAUCAAAGCAAUAACACUAACAUUGUAACGUUACGGACUUACAUGUAGAAUUUUUAAAUCAAGUAUUCAACUUGCUUCAUGGCAUUUGUGCUCCGGUGUGCUGCUUCAAACGCACAUGCAUAAUUCCUUUGUGUAGACGGGGCCACUAAUUACAUGUUCAAUUGUGGUUUGUUGUUUAUUGGAAUAUUUUUAUUUAUUUUGUUAUUUUCUACGUUUAGUCGUGUACAGAAAUGUGAUACUUGCUCAACUCAUAGAUCAAAGUCUUUUUAAAAAUAUUUUUUUGCAGUUUUGACUUUUUC